AUGACCACUUAUAAUAAUGUUCCUAGAGUCCCGGGUAUGGAGUCGCCGGAAGACGAGAAGCGCCGAUUUGAGAUCGAAUGCGAGUUCGUCCAGUCGCUCGCCAAUCCCAACUAUGUCAAUUGUAAUUUUCAUUUUGUGUUCACUUUGGCUCAGAUUUUGAAUCUCACGCAGCAAACUCCGCCCCCCUGGCUACAGUACCGUUUGCGUCAAAGUUCUAUCGCCGCUUGACGAUGAUUCUCUGUUAUAGUCUGUUCAAAUUUUGAAUGUCAAGUUCUCGCUCAAGCUCCACCCUCUAAUAGCUCAACAAACCAAUCAGAGCCAUCCAGAGAGCGUUUUCGAGUGACGUCAUUCUACUUGACAUUCAAAAUAUGAACAAACUAUAGAUGUUUCGUGAUCGUUUUGAUCUGAGACAGAGAAAAAAAGUGUUUUUUGAUACGAAAUCUAGACGUUGUACAGUUAUUGUCUGAUCUAAAAGUCAAAAUAUGAAGCUCUGUUAGUGAAAAUCACCGCGUUCGAAAAAUUUCGACACGAAAAAGGUACUCGGAGUUGGCCGCAUGACAUUCAAAAUCUGUAAGCUACAUAUAGAAUGACCUGGACGCAUCUACAAAUUUACUGAAAUUAUUCUUCCUUUUCCUAGUUUUUUCUGGCGAAAAUUCCUCAAAAACUUUAUAUUUUCAAUUGUUCUAUAGAGAAAAAAACAUGAUGGACACCAAAAAAAAACCAUGAAAAAUUAUCAAAAAAGGUCCCAAAAAAGUAUCGGAAUUUCCCGUUGCGCGAAGAUUUUAUACCUACAAAAUGUCUAUGUUUUUCUCUAAUUAUUUGAUUUUCCUAUUUUCAAGUCCUGGCACAACGCGGCUAUUUCAAGGAGGAGUACUUUAUCAAUUACCUGAAGUACCUGCUCUAUUGGAAACGACCGGAAUACGCUCGGUUCGUUCAUUUUUUUUUUCUCGUUAGUGAGCAGUUCACGGUUUUUAUCUAAAUGAUGAAAAAGCUGGAAAAUUUGUAAUUGACGAUUUUUCGAAUUUUUAAAACAACUUCAACAUUUGUAUUGAACUAUAAUAAUUCAGAUGAGGUUAUAAACUUCAAAUGAAUUUCCAAACUUCACAUGUAAUUCAAAAGUUUCGAUAAUCUUUAACGUUUCUUAGAUACUAUCAAAAAGACAGUCUCUAAUUAUCUAAUCUUUUUUUCAAAUUUGUUUAUUUGUUUUGUAUUUAAUUUUUUUUCAAUUGAUUAAUUUAAUUUCACCUCCUUAAAGACCGUUUCAAAAAGCCUAAAGUGGCUACUUCAGAGCUGUCCAUUCGUAAAAUGACGCAGCUUCUCAAAUUUUUUCUCGUCUAACAGUACCAUGCGUAGUGUUUUCAUUUUUUCACAAUAAGUGUUUCAACAAACCUAGAAGCGGGAAAAUGGGAAAAGGGGUUCUUUUCUUAAAGGACUACUUAAAAUUGACACAAAAAAUCGUCUUAUUCUUUUUUAAAGUCCCUAUAUAGACCACUUGAGGGGCUUAGGGGUCGGACCCUGCACCCCUAUAGGAAACACCUAUAGGAAGCACUAUUUUGACCACUUUCAUCAUCACCAGUUUAUUCAUUUUACAAUAAAUUAAACAUUUCUAAGGGCCAUAAGACCUCUUAUUAGAAAAGUGGGACAAGGGAAAUUUUAGGGGCUUCUCUCCCAUGAAUCCUUUAGUGAGAUAGUACAGACUAAACUUUGAGAAAAAAGCUUUUUAUUUGGAAAUUAAUUCUCAGGCUAAACGUUGAUGACCUUUUUCAAUUGAUAACUUAGCUAUUUUCAGAGCGCUCAAGUACCCUCAAGCGUUGCACAUUCUAGAAGCUCUGCAGAGCCCACAGUUCCGUGAUGCAAUGGCUGCAGGUUUUCAUUAGUAUCAUCUUUGAAGUCUCUCAUUUUGAGUUUCCAGGAUCAAAUGCCAAGUUCGUAGAAGACCAACUGAUGCUACAGUGGCAAUUUUAUUUGAGGAAACGACAGCGGUUAUGUGUGAGUUUUGAGAAUGAUCAAAAAAAAAAAAAUCUUCUUUCGGUUUUUUGUCUAUGGAAAUUCAUCUUAUAAGUUUGGAAAAUUUCAACUACCAUUUUGAAAAAAAAGCUCAAGAAGCCGAGAGUAAUGAGUUAUUUUCCAGGAAGACCCAAAUGAAGAAACGGAGUCCCAAGCGACCGAGGAUCCUGAAGAAAGGAUGGAGGUCGAUGAGCCGCCGAAAGAGUCCGAGCCAGCAGCAAAAGCCCCGGAAGAAUCUGGAGCCGGAGCUGAAGCUGAAACGGAGAAAAAACCAGAAGCUGAGAAAGAGAAGGAGAAAGAAAAAGAUAAAGAGUUGAAGGAAGAAACGCCAGAAAGUUCGAAAUCUGGGAAUCGGUGA